AUUGCAAUGAAAAGAAUUCUUUCUGGGAAAUUUGGGGCUUGUGCUGGCCAAGCAUGCAUUGGAAUUGAUUAUAUCCUAGUCGACAAGACGUAUGCCAACGAGUUGGUAAAAUUGAUUAAACUUGCCAUCCCAAAAACAUUUGGAGAAAAUCCAAAAGAAUCACAUUCGAUUGCGAGGAUCAUUAAUAGAACUCAUUUCUUGAGGUUAAAGAAUCUUUUAGAUGAGCCAAUGGUAAAAUCUUCAGUCGUACAUGGAGGCUUAACCGAUGAAGAUAAUCUGUUCAUUGAGCCCACAGUAUUACUGGAUCCUCCGGUGCAAGCUGCAAUUAUGACAGAAGAAGUUUUUGGUCCAUUGCUCCCUAUCAUAACUUUGGAUAAAAUCGAGGACAGUAUUGAAUUUAUCAAUGCAAGGCCUAAAACACUUACUAUAUAUGCCUUUACCAAAGACGAAGCACUCAAAAAGAAGAUUAUAAGCAGAACAUCUUCAGGAAGUGUGGUGUUCAAUGAUUCAAUCAUCCAAUAUGCAGCUGAUACACUUCCAUUUGGGGGAGUAGGGCAAAGUGGCUUUGGAAGGUACCAUGGGAAAUUUUCAUUUGAUACAUUUAGCCAUGAGAAAGCAGUUGUAAGAAGGAGCUUUCUUACUGACAUCUGGUUUAGAUAUCCUCCUUGGAAUCAUAAAUCACUUCAACUCUUUAGAACUGCUUAUAGAUAUGAUUAUCUUAGUGUAGUUCUUAUUACACUAGGACUAAAAAAGGCUUAGCGUGAUGUUUAAUUUAUUUGCUUAAUUGCAAAUAUUUGUAUUUGUAUUAAAUUAGUUAUCCGUCUUCUCUACCGUAUUAAAAAAGUUUGAUUUGUAAUUUACAUUUGAGUGACUAAUGUGUUAAAUUCUUCUACACCCGUUUAUUUCUCUA